AUGGUCAAAGACACAGAGGAGAAAGAAGAAGAGGGUCAGAGACCCUGGAGCCCCCCAGUGGGGCUGGGUGUAGAUGGGAGCCGAGUUUAUGGUCCAGAAGAAUCUCAGCAAGUGGUAUUUGGGGAUGUGUGCCCGCUGCUUACGUCUCUCAUAGAUGGGUACAACGUCUGCAUUAUGGCUUACGGGCAGACAGGAUGUGGGAAGAGCUACACCAUGCUGGGUCCACACUCUAAGGAGGAGCGCAUCCCACCGUGGGGACCUCACAGCGACCUCGGAAUCAUGCCCAGGGCUGCUGGGGAGCUGUUCAGGCUCAUUGCAGAAAACCCAUCGAGGCGCCUGCAGGUUGACCUGUCCAUAGUGGAAGUCUAUAAUAACAACAUUUUUGACCUUCUGGCCAAAGCGUGUGGCAUGGAGACGUCUGGGCGCAGGCGUGAGGCCCUGACAACCAAGGAUGCGAGGCGGGAGGUCCCUCUGCUGACCCGAGAGCCCGUCCACAGCGCGGAGGACUUCGUGGCACUCGCUGCCGGAAGCCUGCGGCUCAGGGCGGAGCUGGCCACCCUCGUGCACGCCCGUUCCUCCAGAUCCCACCUGAUAAUAACGGCCACUCUCACCACGGGUCCCGCUGCCUGCGGCAGCCCCGGGUUUCCUUGGGGGCUCGGGGGCUCGGAAACACACUGUGGAAUGACCUCCGUAAGGGCCUGUCAGGUUCCCGUCAUUACUGAACGUGUCUGGGAACAUCCUUCAGCGUCCUGGGGACCAAGUAGGCAUCAGCCUCACCUUCGAGGGCAGUGCACUGCCCUCCGCCCGUCCCCCUCCUGCGGGCGGCCCUGCCCUGUCUGGGGUCUAUGGGUCGGAGGAAGCACCCUCUGGUGCGUGGGCCCUUGGGGUGAGGGCUGGUCCUUCAGCCGUGGGAAGCUGAGGGAGGCAUCCUGGACGUCAUUCCCGGGUAUGUGUCAUCCCCUUGCAGCUGACCAGCAGGCAGAGGGACCACCGCUGGAGGGGCAGCCGGCCUCAGGGAGCAGGGGGGGCGCCUCCUGUGGCAGAGCCUCGGCCGGGUCCCUGGGGGCCCAGCAGCCCAUGGAGCAGGUGCAUGCCAAGCUGCAGCUCGUGGACCUGGCGGGCAGCGAGUGCGCAGGUGUGUCCGGCGUGACAGGAUCGGCCCUCAGGGAGACUUCGUUCAUAAACCGGAGCCUGGCGGCCCUCGCGGAUGUCCUGGGGGCCCUGUCGGAGCGCAGAGGCCACAUCCCGUACCGCAACAGCCAGCUCACCCACUUUCUCCAGGACGUUCUGGGAGGCGAUGCAAAGCUCCUGGUGAUGCUGUGCGUAUCCCCCUGCCGGAAGCAUGUGGCAGAAACGCUGCGGUGUCUGGGGUUUGGGGCCCGGGCGAGGCAAGUCCAGCGAGGCCAAGCAAAUGGGGGCAGUCUGGCCCCCCGAAAACCCAGGUGAAGGAGGAUGG